AUGUGUAAGGGUAGAAGAGAUGUUUAUUCCUCAACAGAGUGGAGUGAAGCCGUCACACUGAGACGAUCAUUUAAUAAAGCCAAGUCGACACUGACAGCAGACAAAACCAUCAUACCAGUAGGAGGCGAUGUGACACUGACCUGCUCUGUGGAUUCCUCUGCUGACUGGAAAUACUACUGGUUUAUACGUGACUCAGGUUCAUCUGCUCUUCGGCCCAUACAUGAACCAGUUAACAAGGUCUCAGAAGGAGGCAGCUAUCAGUGCAGAGCAGGAAGAGGAGACCCAGAGAUCUUCACAGAGGACAGCAGAGCAGUCACUGUUUGGAAAACUGUUCCCGAUAAGGCUGUUGUGACUCUGCAACCCAACUGGCCUCUGAUAUACAGUGGUGAGACAAUCACUGUCAGAUGUGAGAUAGAGGGAGGUGGAAACACUCAAUGGGAAUAUGAAUGGAGCAGAAACAACAUGGACAUAUCUCACAAAGAUAAUGAAUACAAGAUUAUCACAGCUUCUGUUUCCCACAGUGGAGACUACAGGUGUAAAGGUAGAAAGGACUCAUAUUCUUCAACAGAGUGGAGUGAUGUCUUCACAUUGACAGUAUCAUCAAAUAAACCCAAACCCACACUGACAGCAGACAAAACCAUCAUACCAGUACGAGGCAGUGUGACACUGACCUGCUCUGUGGACGGUUCUGCUGACUGGUCAUACGUGUUGUACAGACAAACCUCUGAGUCUUCUGAAGCUCAACUCAUAAGAAAUGUUAACCCAAACAGAGUCAUAAGUGUUUAUCAAGUAGGCAUCUACUACUGCAGAGGAGGAAGAGGAGAAUCAGUCUUCUACACAGAGGACAGCAACAAAGUUACUAUUCAGAAAACUGUUUCCAACAAGGCUGUUGUGACUCUGCAACCCAACGGUCCUCUGAUAUACAGUGGUGAGACAAUCACUGUCAGAUUUAAUAAAGCCAAGCCGACACUGACAGCAGACAGCUACAUCAUACCAGUAGGAGGCAGUGUGACACUGACCUGCUAUGUGGAUUCCUCUGCUGAUUGGAAAUACUACUGGUUUAGACGUGACUCAGGUUCUUCUGCUCUUCAGUCCAUAACAAAUGUUAAACCAGUUAACAAGGUCUCAGAAGGAGGCAUCUAUCAGUGCAGAGCAGGAAGAGGAGACCCAGAGAUCUACACAGAGUUCAGCAGUGCAGUCACUGUUUGGAAAACUGAUCCACCAGCAUCUGUCCUCACUGUGUCUCCAUUAUGGCUGAGUCCUGGAGACUCUGUAACUCUGAGCUGUGAGGUUGGACAUCCAUCUGCAGGAUGGAGGUUUUACUGGUAUAAGACUGUUCCCAAACUAUCAGACAACUACAUCUAUGAGCUGCUACCUGGUAGCAUCAAAGGGACUGAACAGGAUUCCUACAUCAUUCAUGGACCGACACACACAGCAGGAUAUAAGUGUAGAGCUGGAAGAGGAGACCCAGUGUAUUACACUCAAUACAGCAAACCUGGGUUUGUUUGGUCUGGAGAUGUUCAUUCAGCAGUGACUCUCAAAGUGAGUCCUGACAGAGUGCAGCACUUCACCUCUGACUCUGUCUCACUGAGCUGUGAAGGAAACUUUACUAAGUGCAGAGUGAGGAGGUUUCCUGAGGACCGCUACAGGUCAGACUGUUAUAACUGGAGGUCCAUGACUGGAUCCACAUGCAACAUCAAGAGAUAUCAGCAGAGUGAUGCAGUGUACUGGUGUGAGUCUGGAUCAGGAGAGUUCAGCAAUGCAGUCAACAUCACUAUACAGAAAGCAGAUAUUAUCCUGGUGAGCCCUGUGCAUCCUGUGACUGAGGGACAGUCUGUUACUCUUGGCUGCAAACUGAAGAGAGGAGAAUUACUUUCCAACGUGUUUUUCUAUCAAAAUGAUAAACUUAUCCAAAAUGAUACCAGAAGAGAGCUGAAUAUCUCUGCAGUGUCAAAGUCAGACGAAGGUUUCUACAGGUGUAAAUACUCAGGAGAAGAAUCAGCACAGAGUUGGAUGUCAGUUCAGGCAGUGUCCAGGCCUGAAAACUCUUCAUCUCUUAUACGAUUAAUUGUUGGGCUGGUUUGUGGAGUUGUACUUAUUAUUCUCCUGAUCCUGUUGUAUCUCUACAGACGAUCCAAAGGUUCUCUCUUUAUCAGGCCAAUCCAGCCUGAGAGCACCAAUCAGAAUGAAACUCAACGUAAUGAAAACUCCUCUUCUCUUCAUGAUGCAGAUGAAUCCCAGAAUAUCACAUAUUCUUCGAUCGAGCUUAAAAACAUUGCUAAGAAGGGAAAGCGUCAAAAAACAGUGGAGAGCUCUGUUUACGCUGAGGUGAAGACAGGAUCUGCUGCAGAUGACGGUCUAACGUAUGCUCAGGUUAACCAUGACAUUAAAGGCAAAGCCAAGAAACACAAAGGAAAAUCAGCUCCUGCAGCAACUGAUGAAGCUGUUUAUUCUGAAGUUAAACCAGGAACAGCUCAUGGUGUGUAAAGACAGCUGUGUGGACAAGGCCAAAUAAAUAUGGUUAACAGCAUUUUAUAACCAUUGUGUGCAUCUCUGCUAUCCAAAUAUCAGCCAUGCUCAAUGCUUCGUACAGUUAAUAUAAUAAGAUUAUAUGAAAUAAUUACAUCAUGUGGAUUUAAUACUUUGUUCUUUAGCAGAAAGUACAAGACUACUGAGGUUUAUGUAGUAUUUCUUCACAGUAUUAUUAUUGUAUUUGUUCAGUUAUUUUUCAAUGUAUUUUUAAAUUUUUGAUUGCAGCUAUUUCAAAAAGCAGCAGGAGGUAUCAGUUUGAAAUGUGUAAAUGAUAUUAACCAGGUGAUAGUGCAGCUUUAAACUCAUAUACUAUAUACAUACAUAUACAUACAUAUAUUUUCUGCAUUAUAUAUUUUCAUACAUAUUUUUCAGUGUUAGAUGAAAAAGCUUCAGGAUGGACGUCAACAGUUACUUUUGUAUUUGUAAUAAACUGCUAUCAAAUGUUACAUGUAACUUUUUCUGUUGUUAUACUGGAAAGUUUUCAUGAAUUUACUGGUGUUAUAUGUGCUUUCG